UGUCGUAUAGAACAGAUAAUAAUCACAGUCAAAGUAUGAUUUAUUUUGCGUUCUUCUUUUUUGCUGUUUCUGCAGCUGCGACGGAAUUUCCAUGUACCUUUCCAAGUCCAUGGUCGAACCAAACAUUUUCAAUUUCUAGUACUGGUUUUGCUACUGGGUAUUGGCAGUUUAACACUAAUUGCCAAACAUAUACAUCUGGCAGAUUUACAUAUAUGUGUCAUCAAAUAACAGAACGCUUCAUUGUUGUCCGAUUACAGGGUUCUGACAAAUUCAGAUGUUUUCCGAUCUUUUACAAUCUUCAAGAUGCUCCUUUAGGGUUUACAUUUGGAUUCAGUUUAAGCAAAACGUUUGCCAACAAAACGGGAGAAUUUACAGAUAUAUGUGAAGUCUGUGAAAUGCCAGUUGCCACUACGGUAGCUAAAGCUCAAGGAUCACCUGCCUUGCCCCCACCGUCUCGUUCCUGUGAUAUACCUUCAAUGUGCCCCUCACCUGGUACAGCAUGUAGUGCGAAUGACGUCAUCCCUAAAGGUUCUGGAUGUCCAAUUCCUACACCAACCCCAUCUGAACCAACAACAACCACGCCUGAACUAACAACAAGUGUGCCUACAAGUACUUCUGAAGCAAAGACAGCGACUCGUGUCUACCGCAGUCAUUGCAGGAAGAGAAAUCACCGACAUCCUUAGUGUCAUCAUAUAGUGACAUGAGAUAUCACCGACAUCCUUAGUGUCAUCAUAUA